AUGAGGAGUGUAGUGAAAGGGAUAAAGAUUGGCUGCGAUGGUUUGGUAGUUUCACAUUUGCUAUACGCAGAUGAUUGUAUUGUACUGGGAGAGUGGUCAUUGGACAAUAUCAGGAACAUUGCUCAGGUAUUUAAAGUUUUCAACAUAUGCUCGAGCCUAAAAAUUCAUCUCGGCAAGUCCAAUCUAUUUGGAAUUGGGAUUGGUGGUAACGAAGUGAUUGCCAUGGCGAAAGAAGUUAACUGUACAGCAGGUUCCUUACCAUUUAAACACCUUGGUGUUUGGAUUGGUGCUAACAUGAACAGGGUGGCCAAUUGGAAUUUCUUGGUGGAUAUUUUCGAGACAAGGCUUUCAAAAUGGAGAGCUAGUUCCCUUUUAGAGUCAAUUAUGAGAAAGUUUUUGUGGGGGAGUUCGGUGUCGGGAAGGAAAAUUCAUUGGGUUUCGUGGGACGUUAUAGCAUCCCCCAAGAGUAUGGGUGGGCUGGGAAUUUCCAGAUUAAGAAACACAAAUGUAGCAUUGCUUUCUAAAUGGGUAUGGAGGUAUAAAACAGAGAUUAAUAGCCUUUGGAGACUCGUUAUUAAAGCAAUACAUGAUACGAAGCGAGGGUGGAAUCAUAUACCUAUGAACAAGUAUUUACCAGGGACUUUGAAGAACAUAGUUAAUUGCGUGGAAGCUCAAAAGGUCAAGGGGAUAAGCCUCAACAGUAUGCUACGUGGGCAGCGAACCUCUUAA